AUGAUUCUCUGGAAUGUUCUAUUCCAUCUAGCAUGGCUGGGUUUAGCUAGCGCUGAUUGGGCUUCAACACAGCAAGCAUGCAGUAAUGGAAAUGACAUGUAUCAGGAUAAAGUUCUGAAAAUCCGAAAUCCAGAUGGAAAUGUGACCGUUUGGGAUGUUAACGAGCUCAAAUAUGUGGAUACCGAGGCAUUGAGUGUUGUGGUUGGAGAUGGAGAUUGGAGGUAUCCCUACGGAAAAGCGAUCAGAGUUUUCUACGAGACUCGCAAUUUCUGUGAUGAAGAGCACACCCGAGGUGUACGGUAUAUCCAUUUCCAGGAGAUGAAUUCUUUGAGGGACACGAGUGAUGAGUUGGUGUUGAGAUAUGAACACGUUUGUGGACCAUUGACACAGAGAAUUCCAUCACUUGCAAUCACCUGGAAAAAAGAUGGCAAUUGCCCAGGACCUCUUUCGGAAACCAACGUUGUCGAAAGAGAUCUUAUCAGCGGCAGUUACUAUCUCUCUAGAAAUAUUCAAGUCACUGAAAAUUCGAUUCGUGAAGGACUUCAAGGAUCAGUAGCAAAAAAGACGGCGUCGUCAAAAGCUCCAAAAUCUCCAAAGUCUCCAAAAUCCACGAAAUCUGCUAAAACCGUCACCACCAAGACCAAGUCCAAAUCGCGUAUGCGUCAACCGCGAAAAGCGAAAAAAUCUAAGAAGUCCAAAAAAGGAUUUUUCUCGUGUUGUGCCAAGAAGCGAAAAGUGAAGAGAUCGUCGAAGAAGAGUGGCGGAAAGAAGUUGGCACGAUCGCCGGCGCCGAAGAAACCGGCUGGCGCUGGAAAGGCUGGAAAAUCGUCGAAAUCUGCGAAGAAAUCGAGCAAAGAGAAACCAACUCCACCUCCACCGGAAGCCUCUCUUCAAAAGGUUCAGCAGCAGAAGAAACCAGAUGCAUCUGCCAAGCUUCUCCCUCAAGCCAAACCAGCUCCACUCCGCUCGAUGUCUUCUGAACCUAUUCCACCACCACCACCACAGGCAGCACCAUUAGCCCCAGCUCUUCCACUUCUACCACCACCUUCUUCCACGACUCCAACAACUCCAACGACUUCUGGAGUCACUGAUCCGAUGGUCACUGCUCCGACAUCACAACCACCGUCAUCUGAAAUGCCAACUCAACCAUCGCCUCCAGUGAUUGCUCAUCCUUCUCAGGAAGUUCGAAAACCAUCAAAGGAGGAAUCGGGACCGGAUGAUGAGGAUUUGGCAGACCGUCGGAAACAUAUCGCUUAUCCGGCGAGCAAGUUCUUCAUGACCCAAUUUGUCAAAGACGAGUGCCGCGUUCGCCGUUGGAUCUACGAAGAGUCGACACCGCUCUCGAUGGAGUCCAACGUCAAAUACAUGCUGAAACAAGCUAGCCAAAAAUUGGAACAGUGCCAAACGGACAAGGACCGUCGUGGGGACAUGCUGAAGGACUUGAAUGAGCUGUCGCGGAUUUUGGAUGAUGGAAAUUAA